GAACUAAAUUCCAGAAAGUUAGUAGCAAAAGGACAGUGUGCAAACAUAAGUUAAUGUGUAGUUUUUAUAUUUCGACUUUAUUUUGAAAUUUUAAAAUAAUGGUUUUUAAGUUUGUUAAAAAAAAUACUGGAUGACUUUUGAACGCGCUUAAUAAAUUUGCAUUUUUCAAUAAAGAUUCUAAUAAAAGAUACAAGGUACUUCCCAGGCUCUUGAGAACAGCCUAACAUCAAAUCAAGUUAAUCAAGAAGUGACACCUUUCUAUCCCUUGGAUUUUGAUUUUUUGUAAUGGGGGAAUCACAAGGUUAUCCUAAAUUAUAUGGCAGUCCAUCUGCUCAGUCAUACGUAGCCCCGAUUGAGAUGCCAUCCUCAUCAACUGGCGCAGUGCAGUUUCAAGAAGGAACACCUUCCUUCUCAUUAGAUUUUGUUCCAGAAAGUCGUGCAGCCCAAUCGGGCUGCAAAUGGAACAACCAAACGGCAGUUCAAUGUCAAGAAGUGACACCUUCCUAUCCCUUGGAUUUUGAAAUGGGGGAAUCACAAGGUUAUUCAAAAUCAUAUGCCAGUCCAUCUGAUCAGUUAUGCACAGCCUCUAUUGAGAUGCCAUACACAUCAAUUGGUGCAGUGUCGCUUCAAGAAAGAGCACCUUCCUUCCCAUAUGAUUUCGUUCCAGAAAGCCGUGCCAGUUCCAUCGUUCAACCAUUUGCAGCCCAAUUUGAAUUACCAUCAACAUCAAAAGGUACUAUCCAAGCUCUCGAGAACAGCCAAACAGCAAGUGAAGUUAAUCAAGAAGAGACUUUUUCCUAUUCCUGUGAUUUUGAUUUUGAUAUAGGGGAACCACAAGGUUAUUCUAAAUUAUGUGCCAGUCCAUCUGGUCAGUCAUGCACAGCCUCGAUUGAGAUGCCAUCCUCAUCAAUUGGCGCAGAGCCGAUUAAAGGAAGACCACUUUCCUUCCCAUUGGAUUUCGUUCCAGAAAGUUGUGCCAGUGCCAUGCUUCAACUAUUUAUAGCCCAAAAAGAAUUACCAUCAAUAUCAAAAGGUACAACCCAAGCUCUUGAGAACAGUCAAACAGCAAAUCAAGUUAAUCAAGAAGUAACACCUUCCAAUCCCUUGGAUUUUGAAAUGGGGGAAUCACAAGAUUAUUCAAAAUCAUAUGCCAGUCCAUCUGAUCAGUCAUACAUAGCCCCGAUUGAGAUGCCAUCCUCAUCAACUGGCCCAGAGCCGACUCAAGAAACAACACCUUCCUUCCCAGAAAUGUAUGCCAGUCCCACCGUUCAAUCAGGUCCAGUCCAAAUGGAAUUACAAGAUACUACCCAAGCUCUCGAGAACAACCAAAUGGCAAGUCCAGUUGAUCAAGAAGUUUUACCUUCCUAUCCCUUGGAUUUCGUAAACGCUAUGAGGGAAUCACUAGGAUAUCCUCCACUAUAUGCCAGUGCAUCUGCUCAGUCAUGCACAACCUCGAAUGAGAUGCCAUCCACAUCGAUUGGUGCAUUGCCGUUUCAAGAAACAACACCUUCCUUCCCAGAAAUGUGUGCCAGUCCAAUCGUUCAACCAUUUGGAGCCCAAUUUGUAUUACCAUCAACAUCAAAAGCUCUCGAGAACACCCAAACAGCAAGUGAAAUUAAUCAAGAAGUGACACCUUCCUAUCCCUUGGAUUUUGAUUUUGAAAUGGGGGAACCACAAGGUUAUUCUAAAUUAUGUGCCAGUCAAUCUGAUCAGUCAGGCACAGCCUCGAUUGAGAUGCCAUCCUCAUCAAUUGGUGCAGUACCGUUUCUAGAAGGAUCACCUUCCUUCCAAUCGGAUUUCGUACCAGAAAUGUAUUCCAGUCCCAAUGUUCAGCCACUUGCAGCCCAUAUUGAAUUUCCAUCAACAUCAAAAGGAACUACCCAAUCUCUCGAGAAUAUCCAAAGAGCAACUCAAAUUGAUCAAGAAGUGUUACCUUCCUAUCCCUUGGAUUUUGUAAACGCUAUGAGGGAAGCACUAGGUUAUCCUCCAUUAUAUGGCAGUGCAUCUGCUCAGUCAUGCACAACCUCGAUUGAGAUGCCAUCCACAUCAAUUGGUAUGCCUCAAAACUUCCAAGCUUCCGUGAACAACAGAAACAAUUACCCAAAUCAACCGGAAAAACCAUCAUAUCCAUAAUCUAUAACUCCUCGAUGGUGACCCAAGGACGAAUACGGGUUGACUUCUUGAAGGGGUCAUGCAGAAAAAAAAAUUUCAAUUUAUAUUUUAUUUAUAGAAGAGAAAAUGCAUACAUAAGCAUAAAUAUAUAAUAUUAUAAAAAAUAUGUCUAAUAAAUAAAC